UCGAGCUGUACAUCAACCAGGUUCCACAGCCUUUCCUUACAAAGCCAGCUUCAGCUUCAGCUGGGGAAGAUUCCGGCACAAGGCUGUAGCAUGGCCGGUCAGGCAUGCUUACUCUUUCUUCUUGCAACUUUGCUCAGAGUUCAAUGCAACCCAGAAGAUUGUAGCACAAAUCAGUUUUCCUGUCGGAAUGGCCAAUGCAUUCCUGCUGACUGGAGAUGUGAUGGCGUUGGUGACUGUAGUGAUGAUUCUGAUGAAGUGGGCUGCUCUCCACCUACAUGUGCAGCAGACGAGUUUCAGUGUGGUGGAUAUGGUGAAUGUAUUCCUCCAAGUUGGGUGUGUGAUGAUGUAGUAGACUGUGAUGACGGAUCCGAUGAGCACCAGCAUUGUUCUUCAAAGAUGUGCUCCAGUCAACAGUUUACCUGCACCAAUGGGGAAUGUAUCCCAAAAGAAUACAGAUGUGACCAUGCUGAUGACUGCAGUGAUAGAAUUGAUGAAAUAGAGUGUUGUAUGUCCUUUACCUCUAUUAUUGCAUUUCCUUAAGCCUAUGGGUCUGUGACUUUUUAGACCUCUUGUAAGAGCUCACACUUUGGCCACAUUAGGCCUCUUGUGCUCUGAAAUUUAUAAUGAAUUCUUCAAUAGAUUGGGGCAGAUAUUGAAAUAUAGUUAUUGAAGUAAAUUGAUUGCUGCUUUUAGCGCUACUGAUUGCAGUUAUUAGGUUGAACAGUUGACCUGAGUCUGCUAAAUGAAAAAAGACAACUAUGGUUCUACUAUUUUGAUUUUAUGCACAUCAUUGCUGAUGGCAUCAUUUGGAGUAAUUUAACUAGGUGAAUGUUCCACACCUACUCCAGUGUGAAAUGCACAGUUACAUCCAUUAAUUCAAUUAGAAGGAACAUGAGGAAUGUCUGUGAUUGGGGCUUCAAUUCAGGUUUCAUGCUUAGGUGAAUUUAGAAAUAUCCAAAGCCAAAAUAAACAGAUGUGACCAUGUAUAACGAACUAUAGCAGCCUGCAGUGGGAACAAAUCCUUUUUAUGUAAUUAUUAAGCUGCAUAGUACAAUGUACAAUACCUGACAAAACAUUCCUCUAAUAUUGUUAGGUUUAAAGAUAUGAUUGCCAUGCCAUUAUAUUUGUUAGCUACAUUUAUGCUUGAUAUAUGGCAAUGAAAAUAUUUAGAUUAAGUUACUGUUCUGUCUUUGCAACAAUGAGGUUAUAGAAUUGAUUUUUACAUUAGUUGCUCGACCAUGUUCCUGUAAUGUACCUACUAAUGAUUACAUUUUACAUAAAAAGCUUAUUUAGGCUUCAGUGCUGAAAGACAUUUUUAUAAAUCAAGAGUAAUGUUACCAAUAAACAGAUCCUGAGGCCAAUAUUUUAUUUUUCUAUAAAGAGUUGCCAUUCAACAUUAAAUGACAU